GGAAAAUACCAUGGAGCAAGUUUUUAGAAGGGCCCAGCAGGACUGCAGCUAACACCUGGCUGGAUCCCAUGAAUGGCCGCCGUCCCACUCAUGCCUUGGAAAAGACCCAGAAAAACGACCUAAAGUGAGCGGAAGUAGAGGAGAAACCAGACAAAGGAGGCGCAGGCCAGAGGAAGCGACGACCUUCGGUUUGAGAGCAGGGAAAAUCUGAAAAAAAUGGUGGCUGUGCCCCUCCACACUUCCUAUCUACUCAUCACAGUGUUCCAGCUGUGUUUAUUACACCUGGCCAACGGUGGGGCGUAUUAUGGACAGCCCCAGCCCCAGCCCCAGCCCCAGCCCCAGCCCCAGCCCCAGCCCCAGCCCUUGCCACAGUACAAUGAUGGCUAUCCUCAGCAGCAGUUUUUGGGGAACGAGAUGCCACACAUGCCUUAUGGCAAAGAAGUGCCAUUACUGCCUCAGUACAGAAAAGAGCUUCCUCAACUGCCUGUACAAAAGGGCAACGAUAGGCUACUGACUGGAGGCAAAGGACAAACAUUCAUCAGAGGGGCUAAAGGUCCACUUCCCCCUGGUCCUGGUGGAGAAGGUCUCAGAGAGGGACCACAAGGAGUUCAGGGCCCCGCAGGACCAACAGGACCGCCAGGACCACAAGGCCCUGCAGGGCUACCAGGCCAGGGAUUGCCAGGGCCACCAGGAAAGCCAGGGCCUUCUGGUCCUCAAGGAUACCCAGGAAUCGGAAAACCUGGCAUGCCAGGAUUGCCAGGAAAACCUGGAGGACCCGGAUUAACAGGACCAAAAGGUGACCUUGGUCCUAAUGGUGGUGAAGGACCAACUGGACUUCCUGGGCGUCCAGGGAACCCAGGUCCCCCAGGACUCCCGGGGCUUUCAAAACCAGGAGGUCAGGGUCUGCCCGGCCAGCUUGGUCACCUCGGGGAGCCUGGCCAUAAAGGUCCAACUGGGUUUCCUGGUCCUACAGGCCCCAAGGGAGACAGAGGAUAUGGUCAACCUGGUUUGCCAGGUUUGAAAGGACCUAGCGGACCACCAGGUCCACCUGGGAAUGUAGGCAUCCAUGGGCUUGGCAAACCUGGCUUGAAUGGUCUCCCUGGACAACCAGGGAUACCAGGAAAACCUGGUCCUCCUGGAGAGUCAGGACUAGCAGGGUCAUCUGGGGAAAGGGGCCAACCGGGACCACCAGGCUUGCCAGGGAUUGGAAAACCAGGAAAUGAUGGUUUUAGAGGGCAACCAGGGCCCUCUGGAGGGAAAGGGGAAUCAGGUCCUCCUGGUUUACCAGGUGGUCCAGGCAUGCCAGGUUAUGGUAAACCAGGGUUUCCAGGACCUAAGGGUCACAGUGGACAUGCUGGUCUUUCUGGACCUCCAGGUGUAAAAGGUGACAAAGGUCAUGGAGGUCUUCCAGGGGUCAUCGGUGCCACUGGUCCUAAUGGUAUUCCUGGCCCACCAGGACCAAUAGGGCAUCCUGGUAGCCUUGGCUUCCCAGGGCAAAAGGGAGAGGAUGGUGUUGGGGGACAAAAAGGAAAUCCUGGAAUGAAGGGUGACAUAGGCACCCCAGGUCUUCCUGGACAGCCAGGUUUGUCAGGUGGGGGUGGACAACCAGGACCAAGAGGUUUUCAAGGGCCUAUGGGCCCUAAAGGAGAAGCUAGUAGUAGGGGUUCACCUGGUGCCCCUGGUGCUGCAGGAUUAACUGGACCAAGAGGAGAGGGGGGGCAAACUGGAGAGAAAGGCUACCAGGGACCACAAGGUAUCCCAGGGCUUACAGGACCAGGGGGACCACUUGGACCUCCUGGGCUGCCAGGGAAAAAAGGUGAAACAGGCCUACCUGGUAAACCUGGCUAUCCUGGUGAGGGAAAGCUAGGACCUGCUGGUCAUAUUGGUCCUCAAGGUAACUCUGGGCCAAGUGGCCCUGCUGGACUUCCAGGGCAACCAGGACAACCUGGACCCCCUGGUCCUCCAGGACUACCUGCUGCAUCUCCUGAUAUUGGACAGAUCCUCCCCGCGACCGGUCCAUACACUGGCCAGAAACAAGGUUACAAGAAGAAUGGAGGCGACAUUGGUGGAAAUGGCGUGGAGAUGCCUGCGUUCACAGCUAAACUCACUAAUCCAUUCCCUCUUGUUGGAUCUCCUGUCAUCUUUGACAAACUCCUGCACAAUGGCAAUCAAGACUACAAUCCACAAAAUGGUGUUUUCACCUGUAGUGUACCAGGGGUCUACUACUUUGCUUACCAUGUCCACUGCAAAGGGAGUAAUCUGUGGGUGGCACUGAUGAAGAACAAUGAGCCAGUAAUGUACACAUAUGAUGAAUACAAAAAGGGCUUGCUGGAUCAGGCAUCGGGGAGUGCUGUACUCCCGUUACGACAAGGAGACACUGUUGAUAUACAGCUGCCAUCUGACCAGGCGUCAGGACUUUAUGCUGGUCAAUAUGUCCACUCCACGUUUUCUGGAUACUUAUUGUACCCAAUGUAAGAAAUGUGUAUAAACAAAGAUGGUAUAAAUGACCCACUGAUGGUAUGUUUUACCAUAUUUGUGAUAAAACUACUACAGUCUCAAAGAUACAAUGUAGGUCACAUUUAAAAGGUUUACAAAGAGUGGGAGAAUCGUUUCGUUUCAUAUAUAGCAGCAACAUACUUCAUUGAAUGUGUCUUAGAAACUCUGAAAGUUAUGCAGUUAUGAAAUGACAUUGUAUGAAUAUAAAUCUGGUCAUUGGCUGUGAUAUGCAAGAGGAAAGCAGAGGUAAAAACAAAAAAUUCUACCAAAUAUCUCAGUUGUCAUAAUUCUUGUAUGGUUACAAUGUGCAUUUAUUCUUAUAUCCAUCUAGACACUGUAUAUCAGUGUUCAUGUCAUGGCUUGAAUAAUUCCUGGAACAAUGAGGCUUUAAGUUGCAGAAUUGUAUUCACUUUUCACUAAUUUUUUGCUUUACAGUUAUAUACUGUAUACUGGGCACAUAAGAACAUAUUGGUUUCAUUGUUCAAUGCAUUUACUCAAAGCUAUUACUACAUAAUGCUGGGUUAUGUAUGUAGGGUAAUCAUACCGUUAUUAAGUUAUUGUUAGUCUUUUAACACUAUUUUGAAAAGACAUCUUUUUAAUGCAGAAAAAUAUGAGCGUAAAAUAAGUAGACCUAUAUGGUCAGUUUUAAAUCCAAUUUCAUACCAUAUCUCAGUCCACAACAGAACAGUGUUGUCCACAAUUUGGCAGUUGAACUAUCUUUUGAUUCUUUGCUUUUGACCAUUUGAUGUCAUGAUUUGUCUUGUUUUGUUUGUGACAUGAAUUCUUAAAAAGGUUUUUUGUCAGUUUGUCAGUAUUCUCUGUAAUUUAUUUGUUUUGACUACUGAAUAUUUGGAAUUGUAUUAAUGUCUGUGUGUUGACAGUAAAAUUAUGGAAUUUAUUCCAAAAUGCAGAACGUACAUGUUCUGUGGCAAAACAUAACAAAAUUUUCAAAAAACAUUUUCAGAAUCAUUCCCAUUUAUACUAUGUGUCAGUUUAUUUUUUAAUUUGUACUUUAUUUCUUCAAACUGAAUGAAAUUCUUAAAGCUUUUUUUCUUUUCAUUGGACAAUGGUGCAAAGCAUUAAAUGAGAAACUGUGCCUAAAAUAUGUGAAUUUAGUUGCUUUGAUUCGUUGGAUAUUGGUUUAAUAAAGAAAUACAAACAUC